AUGACAGACUCUGGCUAUUUCAUUUUCUGGAGCAAGGCCGCUCUGCUGGUCUACGAGGACGAGCAGAGAUCUCCUCUUGGGUGGAAGGCGUACGAUGAUCGCGAAACGUGGGCGGUCGUCGUCGGCCGAUUCAAGAACUUCUAUCGUAAUCCGGUUACGUGGAAGCUACAAGCGUGGGAUCCUGCUACGUCUGCUAAACCAGAGGGAUUGUACGAGCUGACCCUCAUGCUCUUAGAGAAGCAUGGACAUGAGUUAUACCACCGCGUGGGGAUGGAGAGGGAGAUCGACGAGAGGAAAGCUGCGGGGUGGGAUUGGAAGUACCGGCGUUUCCAAGUCGGAGGGCCGGGUAGGGGAGAGAGAAAGAGAUUCGGGGUAUCGCCUCCUAGCCCCGUUUAUUUGACAUGUGCAGAGGAAGAAGAAGAUAUCAAGGCCAUAUGCGUAGACUAG